UAUAUUUUCUGAUAAAUACAUAGACUUAUAGCAUAAUUUAACCAAUCCCAACCUAAUCCCCAAAUUUAAAAGUAAAUAAAUAUAAAAAAUCAAUAAUCAUACAAGAAAAUGAUUAGACGGUUCAUAUUAAUCUUACAAAGAGAGAUUGAGCGCAAUAGUCCCUAGCGACGGUUGCCUCCUUUUAACUUCAGUAAUUAGUCUUUUUCUUUCCCUUCACCUCGCUGCGCUCAGCCCGCUGCUGCAUUGCCUUCCGCAUUUGAGCUUGCUUCGUUUUCAGUCCUCAGGUAACCAGCUUCCUUGGCUUUGUGUUACUAUUGGAUCUAUGGAUACUGGAACUUGUGCAAGCAAAUGCCGAGACCUUUCUCUCAACUUAAUGAAAAAAUCAGAUAAUGUUUGCAUAGAGGAAGCUAAUGGGGAAGUUAUUGAUCCAUCUACAACUACUAGAGAAGGUAAUAAAGAAGCUUUUCUGGGGCCUAUGACUCUUGGUGCCAACAGAGAAAUUGGGGAGUUCUCCUAUAAUUGUAACACUCCGCCCAAAGUAGUCAAGAAACCACAAAAAAUUCCUCAUUUUGGUCUUCAAGCAACCAUAAAACAAGACUCAUUGGCUUCUGCCAACCAUAGCAAUCUCAAAACCCCAAAGGAUGGUAUUUUUGACGCAUUUGCUCCUGGCCCAAAAGACAUGGUGUUUGCUCCCAUCUGUAGGAAAUAUAUUGAUGAAAUGAGAGCUAGUGUUGCACGCUGCAUAAAUUUUGAUUACUCUGUUAGAAAUUUGGAUUCUGUAACUCGUACAACUGCUGCAGAAUCUAUUUCAGAUGAAGAAAUGUUUGAAUCUUUUUAUGAAAAUCUCCUGGAAGUUAUUGUUUCGAACCAAGCUGAGGGUUUUGUUGCCGAAUUGCCAGAUAUAGAAUGGGAUUCUGAUGGUUGUAAGACACCUACUUCAGCUCCUUGCCUAAAUGGGGCUGCUGAAACUUGCCCCGGUGCUCCUAUUAAGCCCACUGGGAGAUCAAGGAAUAUUGAUUUGGGACUAUGUAGAAAGCUUGAAUUCUAACCAUAAUCACCAGCAUUAUGAGAUGGCAAGGGGAUAUAUUUUACUAAGUGUUAGUCUACCCUAACAGCAUGCCACUAGUCGCUUUUGCUCUUAGAGAUAUCUAUUUAACUGGAGUUCACAAAGUAGAACUAACAUUGUAUAGUUAUUUCUUAAUUAAACUAUAUUUAUUCUUUUUGACGAGGGACAAUGUUUGCAAUAUGUUGCCUUUGUGGCAUCUUUUCUGCAAAUCAUCAUUAAACCGUCUUGUAUAAUUGGUUCUUUUGUCAGAUGAUCUUCUAGGGUAUGUUCCCUUGGCACGUCUAAGGUAUAGUCUUUCUUUGAACGGUUGAGCUGAAAAAAAUGUGCAUGCAAUAUUCCUUUGGUUGCUUUUACAGAUACAAGGAGAUACUGAAGAAGCAAUACUGUCUUGAACCCUUGAAUGCAGGGGCAGGGCUUCCUAUAGUUGGAGAGAUUUUACACAUCAUGUCAUGGAUGUUAUUGUUAACAAAGUGCUUUUAUAAUUUUUUGCUGUUCGCUUUGUUGUGCUAAUUUGCGAGGUAAAUACCCCGUGAAAUGUUAUGGCCGCCAAUGCCCGAAGGUUCUGUUUGUCUCAACUUAAAGGUUGUUGAUGCUUUUUGGAUUGUUGGGUUUAAUGCAUGGGAAAAUAUUUUGAUGAUGGAGGCAAUAAUAAUUUUUUUUUAUACACAUUUGAGAAAUUGAGAAUGCUAGUGAAGGAAUUUGAACAUUAGACAUUGUGUCUUUGACCUUCUUAAAAUGGGUAGUAUCAUUUUUAA